CACUGCCACAGCUGUCUGCUCUCGUCACUCCUGAACUUCAUCUGUCCCCAGGCACACAGCGCGGCAAAUCCUGCCAGCCCUAGUCAUAGCUAAGAAUAAACCUUUCAACAACAGCCUGUGUCAACCCGAAUCAUCCUGGGAUCUGGUUUGGGAAAGUGACCCAGCUAAUGACUUCACGUUAGAUGCUCUAUAUAAGCUGAGAGGAAAAAAACAGGCACACACACAGUGCACAGGCUGGAUUUAAUCAAAGCCGGGAAACUACCUUGGAAAGGAUUUCAGGCGAGUGAGCGCUGCAGUUAUGUCACAGCCAGCCCCUGUGAAAAAGAAGCGUCCUCCAGUGAAGGAAGAAGAUCUCAAAGGAGCUAGAGGAAAUCUUUCCAAAAACCAGGAAAUUAAAUCUAAAACCUACCAAGUCAUGAAGCAGUGUGAACAAAUGGGCUCUGCAGCACCUUCCAUAUUCAGCCGAGAUCGGACUGGAGGUGAAACAGUCUUUGAGAAACCUAAAGAUGAACCGGCCAAAAGUGUCUUUGGUUGACAGCUGAGCUGAAAGUGAUUGUUGAGAUGAUUGUUGUAACAUUUUCCCAAUUUUCUACCCCUUACACUAACCUCACUGUAGACCUAAAUAGCUGAUUUCUACCUUAAGUCAUUAAAAAGUGAAUGGACUCAUGUCAAAGGGUAUAACUUCCAUUUUAUUUUUUAUUAAGUGCAUUCUUUGUGUUGAAUGGUGUUUGCUAUAAUGGUUUAACUGAAAAAAUGGUUGUUGGACACUGCUUGGCAUACUGUAGUGACCAAUUUUAACUCAGACUUAGAUUAAUUCUGUGGGCUUUUUGCCAUCACUAGCUAUGAUCUAAACGUCAAAAGCAAAGAAUAAAUAUUCAGAUGACACCA